AUGGCUUCUGACCAUCAAACUCCUGCCACUAAACAACAGCAACCAAGCUCAAAGAUUGUCAUCUUUGAGCAAGAAAAUUUCCAAGGCCGCUGCCAUGAACUGAAUGGGCCUUGUACUAAUCUGAAGGAGGCUGGUAUGGAGAAAGUGGGUUCUAUCCUUGUGCACACUGGACCCUGGGUAGGAUAUGAGCAACAAAACUGCAAAGGGGAGCAGUUUGUCUUUGAGAAGGGAGAGUACCCACGCUGGGAUUCCUGGACGAACAGUCGAAGAACUGAAAGCAUCUCCUCCCUAAGGCCAAUCAAAGUGGAUAGCCAGGAGCAUAAGAUCGUCCUAUAUGAAAACCCAAGUUUCACUGGGAAAAAGAUUGAGAUCAUAGAUGAUGAUGUACCCAGUUUCCAUGCUCAUGGCUACCAAGAGAAGGUAUCUUCUGUGCGAGUACAAAGUGGAACGUGGGUUGGCUAUCAGUACCCAGGUUAUAGAGGUUACCAGUACCUGUUUGAGAAGGGGGAUUACAAGGACAGCUCAGAUUUUGGCGCCCAACACCCCCAGAUCCAGUCUGUGAGGCGCAUCCGUGAUAUGCAGUGGCAUCAGAGAGGGGCUUUCCACCCAACCAAUUAA